UAUUUAUUCUUAUUUUUGAUAGAAGUUAAAACUAUUCUUUAAUUAUCCUUUAAUUUAGAUGUAUUAUGUUUGUCCGCCACGCAGAUAAUAUAAAAAGAAACGAACUAAACGUGUAACCAGAAGCCUCCUCUUCCUAAUUAUAGGCAGCAGCUCUGUGUCUCCCUCCAGCGACAGCUCUGGUGCAUUUCACUGGACGGGGAGCACAACAAGACGGACUCCAGCAAGUGUCGGGACUUGAUUAAAAAAAAUCUAUACACACAUUUUUUAUUAAAUCGACUAUGAGUCACCGGGUCACCCUAGAUUUCUGUUUUUGACGACAGUUCGCCACAUAGAGAUUGUUGUUGACAUUUGUUGUUGUGCGUGAGAAGUCGCGUCGUUAGCUUUAACGCGCGGGCACCUUGGUUUGUUUUCGACGACGUAGCGGCAACAAAGAUAACUUCCUUCCUUCCUUCCUGUUGCUUCACCACCUCGAUGCACCAGGUCGGCCGCAGGUUUGCUGCAAAAAGAAGAUGCUCGUUUCCUGUUCCCUCCUCCCCGAAGCCCCGACCUGCCCCUCUUUCUUUCAUGCCCUCUAACUUCUGAAGCGCGAUGUUCAGCCGGCCCGCAUGUCCAAUCUCACGCAAGACAUGCUGGCAUCGCCGAGGGCUGUCCGAGAGUGGUGCCGCGUCACAUGCGCCAACUACCCCGGCGUGGAGAUCAGGAACAUGUCCACCUCAUUCAGGGACGGACUUGCAUUCUGUGCCAUCAUCCACAGCCACCGACCCGACCUGAUAGACUUCGGCUCCCUCUGCAAAGAUAAUGUUUAUCAAAAUAACAAGAUGGCAUUUGAGAUUGCAGAGAGGAAGCUGGGCAUCCCUGCGUUGCUGGAACCUAAGGACAUGGUUUCCACCAAGGCGCCUGAUGGCUUGAGCGUCAUCAGCUACCUUUCCCAGUACUACUACUUCUUCAACAGGAAGUCUUAUGGUGUGCUGAGUCUCGCCACUUUGAAGUCAUCUCACGUCACUUUCUUAAACAGCCUCGCAAAGAGUAAAACUCCCGAUGGUCUGAAAGGCCUGAAGAGCCAGACUGAACUGGGAACCAGCAGAGAAGAUCGUUUAUCCAACACAAGGCUACGGACAGUGUGUCAUGUGUGUUUUAAGCCGGUCCACCUCAUACAGAGACAUUUGACUGAUGGAAAGGUCUACCAUCGCAGCUGUUUCAGGUGCAAAGUGUGCCGCAGCACUCUUUUACCAGAGUCUUACACGCGGGGAAGUGACCACUGCUCCUUGAUCUGCACGCACCACAUCACGGACGGUAAAAGUGUUGACCUCAAUAAGCAAAUCAGAACGACUGACAAUCGGCCCACAUCUCAGUUUCAGGCCGGUUAUUUCUCUCUGGGUGGACUGGCCCUUUCAAGCGUUCCUCAUUACACCAACACAACAGAGUCACAGGACGGACUGGUUUGUAAGACACCGGAGAUGGAGGGGAGAGAAAGAGAGCAGAAAGUUAGAGACUCAACUGUUGGACUGAAGUGCACGGCAAAGAAGUCGGCGCCUCCCCCUGUUCAUCCACCCAGCGUUGAAGACAGGACCGUCAAGGGAGCCCAAAAAGCUGGACCUGUGUCCCUUCUGGCAGCAAGUAAGACACAGCAGGAGGAGACAAAGACUCAAGGGACCUCUGAGCUCUCCUCUCCCUGUGCACGGGUGACAGAGGGAAGCAGUCGGCCGGUUCCGGCCCCCCGGCGAAUGUUGGACCCUUCUGUGGCCCCUGUUCCUGUGCCCAGGACCAAAGCCCCGCCCAGGAACAGCUCUCCUGCUUUAGGCAAUGUAUCCAAUCAAAAGAAAUGUUCAUCCAACUCGUCUCACAUCACCAGCCCAACAAGAGAUAGGCCUAAAGUGCAAACCAACCAUCCAUGGAUGAACAUCAUCCACCCCGGACCCUGGACACAACUGCCCCCCGCUCCACCUCCGAUACCCGCUCCUCGAUCCAAAUCGGUCUCCAACAUGCGGAGGUCCUGGAACAGGCCCCGGGUGCCUCCUCCCAAUCCAUUCGGAGAGGAGGUGGAUGAGGACACUCCAAAAGAGUCUGAGCCUGACGACCAAACUGAGGCCAGUUCAGGGAAAGGUGGCACUCGGAAAAAUACAUCGGGGGACGCGGAUGCUGAGGUUUGUUCAAGUGAAGAAUUUGCUAUUAAAUCUACAUCCGAUGAUGUGGGAGCUUCAAGUGAACCAGCUCGAGAAACUUGUCAACUUGUAUCUGAUUUGGAUGAAACUGGAAACACAAAAGCUUUCCCACCGGACGUGACUGAAGCAGCAGCAGCAGCAGCAGCAGGAGAAGCAGCACAGAGUAACAUUUUACCUAGAAGCCUCUCUGUGCCAGCUAUCGCAUCCGCCCGCUCUCAAAGCCCCCUUUUGCAUUUGGACUUGAGCGAUGCUGACCAGGUCGUGUCAUGUCGAAGUAAGCUGGCCUUCAAAGAGAAUCCCUUUGAUCGAAAACCUGCGAUGGCCACAUCCAAGACCAUUCAAGACCUCCCCUCUACGCGGGCCCCCGCCCCUGGACAUGGCUUCCCCCUCAUCAAGAGGAAGCUGCAGACGGACCAGAACGUGUCCACAGAAGAGCUGCAGGUGGAGAUGAGAGAGCUGGAGAAACAUCUGGAGGCGCUGGAACAAAAAGGAGUGGAACUGGAGGGGAAUCUGAGAGACCUCAAGAACGAUGAAGAUGAGGAACAAAUGCUAAUGGCGUGGUUCUCUCUGAUUCAUGAGAGACACGUUCUGAUGCGCAGAGACACAGAGCUGGUUCAUCUGACCAAGGAGCAGAAGUUAGAGGAGAGACAGGCAGAUGUGGAGUACGAGCUCAGAUGUCUCCUUAAUAAACCAGUGAGCGAAUGGAGUCGGGAGGAUCGAGGUCGAGAGCAGCAGCUGAUGGAUGAGCUGGUGGCCAAUCAGAGGAACCAGAUCGUCAGCAGCUUGGACCAGGACAGCCAGAGGGAAAGAGGAGAAGAUAUGCUUUUGGAAGCCAUGAUGACGAACAAAGAGAUCCAGAAAGAAGGAUUAAAAGACCUAAAAAAGUCCAAAGGAAAGUUCAAGCCCACAAAAAUGUUUAAGAUGCUGAACCAUUAAGUUGAGAGCAACAAAGACUCCAUGGACAAAAAGAGCUGAAGUACUUACCUGGCAGAAACUCUCACAGAAAACAAACUCAUACUUGUAGAUAAUAAAGAUGACUGUUGUGGAAAAGUGGAAUCUGAUCACAAUAUCAAAUAGUUUAUUAAUGUUAUGUUGAAGAGCAGCUCUGUAUUGCCUAAAUUAAAUAUUAUCUUAGUGCAAAUAUUUCAGUGUUAUCAAUGUACAUGUGUUUUUACUUGCUCUGUCUCCUGUUUUACAAUCUGUUUUUAUUUGUAUGACUUGUAUUUUAUAAAGUAUGAUAUAAAUAUGGA